AAUUUAAAUAAUUAUCUAAAUAAAAAUGUUAACCACUUACAAUUAAAAUAUUAUUUAAUUUUAAUAAAACUACCAAAUCAGUGCUUCCAAAGAAGUGCUUUAAACAUGGAUAAAAGCGAUUCAUCGAACGGUGAAGAUAAACGUAAGGGUAACGACAUCGAUAAACUAAAACAAAGUGGUUACGAUAAAGAAAAUAAGGGAAAUGGUGAUAAGAGAAAUGUUGAACCACAAGCGGGAAAUUGUUAUUGUGGUAAAGAUCGUAAUUUGAAUAUAAUCGAAUUAUUAUGUGCUGUCUGUAAUCGAUGGUUUCAUGAAUCUUGUAUCGGAUAUCAACUUGGAAAAUUAGUACCGUUCAUGACGAAUUAUGUGUUUGUUUGUAAAAAUUGUUCACCAACCGGCUUGGAAAGUUUCAAAAAAAAUCAAGCAUUAUUUCCACAAAUGUGCCAGACAGCGAUUGCGAAUUUACAACAGGAGAGCGUUAAAAAUGGAUCACAUCGAUAUACAUUUAAUAAGGAUAAGGAUAUCAUCUCGUACAUCGAUUAUCACUGGGAAAGUAUGACGACGAUGCCGAGACGGGUCACACAAUCAUGGCACGCGACCAUACACAAAGCACUCUUAAAAGACGUCCAUGUUUUAUUCAGCUACGAAGAACAUGCCUCGGAGGGACAAUUAUUCGGUUUGGUUAACACCGAUUUAACAUCUGUAAAACCCAAUUAUGAGGCUAUGAUUAAGGGGGGCUCACUGAAAAUAACUGAUAUGGGUAUUCAACAUGUGGCUUUACAGACGGGUGUAAAAGGGCGUACAGCUAAACGAAGAUUACCUGGUGAUACGGGUCCUGUCAAUAAAAAAGGACGAAAUACGGAUCUAGGUGCACCAAAACUUCCAGCCCAUGGUUAUCCUUUGGAACAUCCUUAUAAUAAAGACGGAUAUCGUUACAUUCUGGCUGAACCGGAUCCUCAUGCUCCAUUUCGACAGGAGUUUGAUGAAAGUCCAGAUUGGGCGGGUAAACCAAUUCCCGGAUGGUUAUAUCGCCCGUUAGCACCAAGUACUGUCCUCUUAGCGUUACACGAUCGUGCACCACAACUUAAAAUAUCUGAAGAUCGUCUUGCGGUUACGGGCGAAAAAGGUUAUUGUACGGUUCGAGCCACACAUGCAGUUACACGAGGUGUGUGGUAUUGGGAGGCGACUAUUGAAGAAAUGCCGGAAGGAUCUGCAACACGGAUUGGUUGGGGACAAGAGUAUGCAAAUUUACAGGCCCCACUUGGAUACGAUAAAUUUGGUUAUUCGUGGCGAUCACGUAAAGGUACAAGAUUCCAUGAAUCUUGUGGUAAACAUUAUAGUUCUGGAUAUGGGGAAGGGGAUACGUUAGGUUUUAUGAUUAUUUUACCGGAUUCAAGCAAAGUUAAACAUGUUCCGAAUACGUACAAAGAUCGGCCAUUGGUGAAAUUUAAGAGUCAUUUAUAUUACGAGGAAAAGGAUAAUGUAGCGGAAUCAUUAAAAAAUUUAAAACCAUUGGUCGGCAGUCAAAUUAUAUUUUUUAAGAAUGGUGUUUGUCAAGGUGUUGCUUUUAUGGAUAUUUAUGGUGGAGCUUAUUAUCCAGCCGUUGCUCUACAUAAAUCAUCAACAGUUUCCGUUAAUUUUGGACCAACAUUUAAGAAUGCACCAUCAAUCGAUGAAUAUUCAUAUCGACCGAUGUGUGAAAAAGCUGAAGAAUCAAUAAGCGAACAAAGUUUAGCAGAUAUUUUAUAUUUAGUCGAAAAUGAUGGAAAAUUACGAUUGGAUACCUUCACUGUAUGACAAUAGUGAUCUUUUUUUGUUUCGAUUUUCUAUUUUUUUUGUCUUGUUUUUCUAAAGGAUAAUAGGGAGAGGUGGGGGGGGGGGGGUGAACCUCCCCCUCGUCGUUCGCACGGGCCUGUAAUGAUAUGAUAUAGAUGACAUUAAUUAUGAAGUCAAAUCUUUAUAAAAAUUGUAA